AAACAAUUGGAAAAAGAAAAGCGAAAACUUGAAGAUGACAUGUUGCAGGAAAGAAAAAAAAAUAAUUUUAUAAUUGAAAAAAAUCAGAAAGAAAAACAAGAACUCGACUCUAAAUUAAAAAUUUUAAAAGAAAAUUAUCAACGAGAUAUAAAUCAAUUAAAUGGUCGUUAUAAUGAGUUAGAAUUAACAAAAAAAAAUAUGGAAAGAGAUAUGGAAAAUAAUAUCAAAAAUUUAGAACAGCAAUUAAGAGAACAGAGAAUAAAAUUUCAGCAAGAAUUUAAACAAGCACUUGAAAAAUAUAAGAAGAAUAUUAACAAUAUAAGACAAAGGUUAGAUGAGAAGGGAAAUGGUUUACGCGAUCUAGAAGACGAAAAUUCCAGACUUAAAGAAGAGGCAUCUAAAUAUCAAUCAGCACUUGGUGUUGCAACAAAUACUCGUCUUGGCGAUGGUGAUCAAAAUCAUUCAAUUAAAUUAAAAAAUGAUAUCUUAAAAUUACAGAACACAUUGGAUAAUUAUGUAACUCAUUUGAAACCUAAUAUGGAUCUUAACAUUAAAGAAAUACAAAAGCUUGCGCAAGAAUAUGGUUGCUUAAAUGAAAUUACUGCGGAAAAUCCAAAUAAGAUUUUUGUUAAAGCUAUUUUGCAACGUAAAGUAUUAGAUUAUGUACGUGGUUUUUCUCAUGAAUUGCAUAAUUUGAUUGAAUCCCAAAAAAUCACAAGGGGACCCCUUACACUUGAAUCAGAUAUCGUAUCAAAAGCAAGUGAAUUAUUAAAAUUAAUCAAUUUUUUCUCAGUAACUCGUGCCGGAACUGAUGAGGUUACUGAUGCAUCAAUGAUUAAAAUACGUCAACAAGUUUAUGGAAUUCUUGGUAAUCGUGGAUUUAACAAUAUAAUUGAUGAUGAUGGAAAUAUGCGGAUGCAUGAUUUUAUAGCUCUCGUUAGCAACGAACUCAAUAAAAUGAUGAAUCAUUAUCGUAAAAUCAAUGAUCCUAAUAGAAAAGAACAAGUUGAUUCAAUGGCACCAAAACUUGUUCAAGAUAUUUAUAAAUUAUUUUGGUUUCGCAUAAAUGUUCAAGAACCAAAAACAGAAUGUGAACUUUUUGAAAAUAACAUGAUUAAUCCAAAUUUGAUGAAAGGAUCAUGGAAUGAAGAUGAAAUCGAUAAAUUACGCGUAGAUAUAUGUUACUUUCCUCUCGUUGGAAGAAAUUUGAAUUCUUCAGAUGCAAAAAUAUUUACACUUGCAAAAGUAUUUCCGCGAUAUAUUAGACGAAUAAUUUAUUACAUAUAGAUGAUAAUAAUUUUACACAAUUAUAUUUUUUUUUAUUUUUCUUACAUUGUAUUAUAUAUAUAUAUAAUAUAU